AUUAAAUAAUGUGGAUGUCAAUUUCCACUAGACGUAAUGUAAUAAAACAAACAGCUUCUUUAUUUGCAUCACGCAAUUAUGUCACUAUACGACGUCAGACUUUUGAAUCACUUCAUAAAGAUAAUUCGAUUCGUUUGAUUUUUGACGAUCCUCAAGCCUGGAAACAUACACAAUCUACUAAUGCAUCAACACCAGUAGGGCUUUUUGAAAAUCCUUAUUUUGCAAAUCCACAAAGUAUCGAUAAUGCUACUAAGCAAGCUAUUCAACGAGCCCAACUGAUUGUUGAGCGUAUAUCUAAUGCGCCCAAGAAUGGACUCGAAGAAAUGCAGAAAGUUGUAAAAAACCUUGAUCGACUAUCAGAUACCCUUUGUAGUGUGAUUGAUAUUGCAGAAUUCACUCGAAACGCACAUCCUGAUCGGAACAUGAUGGAGGCUGCUAAUAAAGCUUAUAGUGAUCUGUGUUCGUAUAUGCAUACUCUAAAUAUAGAUGCUCGACUUCACCAGGUUUUGUCUAUGGUACUUGCUGACAAGUCUAUUGUUAAUCAGUUUAAACCUGAUGAGCAUGCAGCUGCUAUUGCAUUUUUGCGCGAUUUCGAAAAAUCAGGCAUUCAUUUACCAAAGCAGAAGAAGGAAGAAUACGUUUUACUUUCAGAUCAAAUAAUUCAAUUAGGUCGUGAUUUUAUUCAAAUGAAUCCUCGAUCAGUUCAUCACGUUCGUAUUCCAACUCAAUCAUUAGUCGGGCUUAAUUCAAAUGUAAUAGAAUCAUUACCUGGAAAGGGAGGAUUUUCUUAUAUAUCAACAGAUUCAAAUGAAUGUCGAAUGAUUCUCAAGUAUGUAAAAAAUGAAUCUGUACGACGACUUGUUUAUGAGGCAAUGAACUCAGCAACAAAAGAAAGUAUAAUGGUACUAGAGGAAUUGAUGCGAACAAGAGCUCGUUUAGCCACUUUAGUAGGAAGAUCAUCUUAUGCUGAAUUGCAAUUAUUAGAUAAAAUGGCAAAAAGCCCUAAAAACGUUGAAACAUUCUUGAAAACAUUAUUAAGACAUCAAGCGCCUGCUUUUAAAAAAGAUUUGGAAAAAUUACAAAACAUGAAACAAACCGAAUUACACCAAUCUGCCUUAUAUAAUAAGAUACAAGCUUGGGAUCGUGAAUAUUACAUGAACUGUUAUAACUCAAUUCAUCGAACACCUGUUACAACACCUUAUUUCUCAUUAGGCUCUGUUAUUCAAACACUUUCGGGGCUCUUUAAGCAACUUUAUGGUGUUGAGUUUCAACAUGUUCCCUUAAAACCAGGUGAAGCCUGGCAUGAACAAGUGAGAAAAUUAGAUGUGGUUUGUGAAGAAGAAGGUAAGAUUGGUACUAUUUAUUGUGAUCUUUUUGCACGUCCGCAUAAAACAACGAGUGCUGCCCAUUAUACAAUUCGUACCUCAAGACGUGUUGAUAAUGAUGAUCUUCAGAAUGAUAUCAAGUAUAGUGGUAUUAAUGGGUAUCAAGGUAAUUCUAUUUUAACGGGAGAAAGAAUUCGAGGUCAAGAGGGACUUUAUCAACUACCUGCUAUUGUCCUUACGUGCGAUUUUACGACAAGCCAGCCUACCUAUUUAUCGUUGAUGGAAAUUGAGACAUUAUUUCAUGAAAUGGGACAUGCCAUGCAUUCCAUGUUAGGCCGAACAGAUUUUCAUAACGUGGCAGGAACACGUUGCGCCUCAGAUUUUGUUGAGCUACCGUCUAUCUUAAUGGAACAAUUCGUAUGGCAUCCACAAGUUCUACAAUCUUUUUCAAACAAGACGAUCCCAUCAGAUACUCUUCAUUCACUUGCAGAGUCACGACAACGAUUCAAAAGCCUUGAAGUGAAUAGUCAAAUUUUGAUGGCUCUUGUGGAUCAAGUAUAUCAUUCAGAUAAGGUGAAUUGCUCAUCAUUUUCUAGUGUAAAGGAAUGGCAUCGUUUGCAAGAUCAGAUGGGACUGUUUCCUAGUGUAUCAGGAACUAUGUGGCCGGUUCAAUUUGGACACCUAUUUGGAUAUGGGUCCAAUUAUUAUUCUUAUCUAUUUGAUAGAGCGUUAGCAAAACGUAUUUGGGAGACAAGCUUUGAGAAAAAUCCAUUUAAUAGGGAAAGAGGACAAGCGUUUAGAGAUCAUUUACUGAAAUGGGGAGGAUCACGUGAUCCUUGGAAGUGUGUUGCUGAUGUUCUUGGAGGAGAAGAUGGUGCCAAACUAGCUAAUGGAGAUGAAGAAGCAAUGAAAAUAGUAGGAGAUUGGGGAAUCAAUGCUUAAAAUAAUAAAAUAAAAAUAUUGAUAAUAAAUCCACCAUCAAGCGAAGAAGAAGAAGAAGAAGCAUUUGAUUUUCCGCUAUUUAUUUUUCACUAAUAAAAAGACUAACAUUUAUUAUUGUAUCUUUA